AUUGCAAGUUGUUAACAACUGAUAAUGAUAGUAGCGAACGGCGUCCAAAGUUUGAACUACACACCAUGCAAAUCCGGCAAUAGUCAUUAUCUGAGAUAAGCAUUCCGUUAUUUUGAAGUAUGUGCGACAAGAACAACGACGGUAUUUAAUAGUCUCAGAUCGAUAGCAGAAGCAAUCGUUUAGCUACGAUCGACGCACGCCAAACAUGAAUUUCCUGCUGCGCUUCAUCAUCUUCUGCUUCGAUCCGCUUGGCCUGGGACGCCGCUUCUUUGUGCGUCCGGCGGUGAAUCUAACGCUCAACGUCUACGAUCGCUUCCGCAGCAAGGCCGAUGAGAAGGUGGACACGAUACGGGAGCUCAUCCUCCGUCUGGGCCUGAUCGCAUUUGCCGUUGUCCUAAUCAUUUGGCUUGCCGUAUUCAUAUAUGCCGCCUUCUACUAUUUGUAUAUGCCGCCCAUAUCGCAUACGCGACCCGUUCACAUGCAGUUUAAAACGUGCCUGGAGACAAGCACACCGUGCACCUUUCCGCACGCUCAUGUGUCGCUGACGAAGAAGCAACAGCUGCUGAUGGUUGGCCAGGCGUACAAGGUGAUUGUCAACAUUGAUAUGCCGGAGUCGCCGCAGAAUCUGGAGCUGGGCAUGUUUAUGGUAUGCGCCGAGAUGCGCGACUAUGAUUCAAUGUUGCGUGGUCAUUCGUGUCGCUCGGCAAUGAUGCGUUACCGUUCCCCAUUGAUACGGAUGAUAUCGACGUGGGCGCUUAGUCCGCUCUAUGUGCUCGGCUGGAAGGAGGAGUUCCAGAAGGUGCCGGUUGAAAUAUUUUCACGAUAUUUGGAGGAGCGACAGCAUCCCAUUACCGAUGUCUAUGUGGAGAUACAAUCGCAGAAGAUCCAAUUCUAUACGGUCACAUUGCAUAUUGAAGCGGAUUUUACUGGUCUGCGGUACAUUAUGUUCAACUGGCCGAUACUCUCGGCAAUAGUGGCCAUUAGCACCAAUUUAUUCUUUAUAUUGGUCGUUUUUCUGCUCAGCUGGUACCACUGGUCCGAUGCCACCUGGCUCCACAACUUGCAAAUCAAAUACGCACGCCUCACGAACCAGCUGCAAAAGAAGGCCAGCAGUGUGAUCCUGUCCAGCACGAGCAGUUUACGUGACGAGGAGGAGAUGAGUUUGCUCGAUGAGAAAUACGAAAUUGCCGAUGUCGGCACCGAUCCGGCCACCGAUGAGCUAAAGAUGGAUACGCCUAGCGAUAAUAUUUCGGAAAGCACCUUUGCCCUGACGCUGCGUCAGCGCAAAGGUAAAAAAGAGAAACCAUAAUGGAUAGAUUCCAAGUUGAAUGCCAACACAAAAAUUCCACCGACUGGCCAUGUGCCACAGACUAAUAGGUUAAGGAUUAUUGGUAGUUGCCAGCUGCGUCUGCUGUGUCUGCAGCGUGUGCAGUUUUUGUUUUUUUUUCUUCUAUAUAUUGAAAUAUUGCUCUAUUCUUGCGAGACUUGUAGUGAAGUACCUGAAGUGUACAUACAUAUUAUGAUCAGAAUGAAUGGAACAGUUUAUCGCCUAGUUAUAUGUAGACAUACCCAAUACAUUCAUUGUACGCAACCAUUCCCAUUAUCGUAUGUUAUAUGAUGAAAUGUACUGCAUUGCAUAUCAAAUUAUAAAUUGAUUACCGAAACGUGA